UGGUUUUCAAGCUCUUUAUAUAGAAGAUGCUUCAAGCCACUAGUAGUGGCACAUAGUUUAGAUUCCCUAGGGCUUCUGCACCAACCAAAAGAAUGGUCAAAAUCGCCCCUCUAAGACCUACUUGUCACCCUUAAAAGAAUCACACUCCCUCAUCAAAUCUUCACUCACUGGUAUACUUGACAGUUCACACCCAUGGAGUCUCAAAGUCCAAACCCCCAAACCCUACCUGAAACACCUCCUAACAAUAACCCCAUGUCUCGUUCAUCAGCCAACAUAGUCCAAAGGGUGACUAGAAACUUGGGUUUUCAUUCCAAAUGGGGGGAAUUGAAUGGUGCCAUGGGAGACUUAGGCACAUAUAUUCCUAUUGUAUUAGCCUUGACACUUGCCAAGGACCUUAACUUGGGCACCACAUUGAUAUUCACUGGUAUUUACAACGUUGUCACUGGUGUCUUAUAUGGUGUCCCAAUGCCUGUCCAACCCAUGAAGUCUAUUGCGGCCGUAGCUAUAUCGGACAGUUCUGGUUUUAACAUCCCGGAAAUUAUGGCAGCUGGGAUUUGUACAGGUGCAAUUUUGCUGGUUUUGGGUGUUACAGGGUUGAUGCAGAUAGUGUACAAGUUUAUACCUUUGUCUGUUGUUAGGGGAAUUCAAUUGUCCCAAGGCUUAUCAUUUGCUAUGAGUGCUGUGAAGUACAUUAGAAAGGUUCAGGAUUUCUCAAAGUCAAAAUCUAUGGGAAAUAGGCAGUGGUUAGGAUUGGAUGGAAUGGUUUUGGCUAUUGUUUGUGCUGGUUUCAUAAAUUUUAUCAAUGGAGCAGGUCAAGAAAGAAAUCAAAAUGAUGAGGCUAUUGUUGAUGAAGAAAGGAAUGUUAGAAGAAAAAGAAUGAGGAAAAUCAUGGCUACCAUCCCUUCAGCUUUCAUCAUUUUCUUGUUAGGUGUAGUGUUGGCUUUCAUAAGAAGGCCAAAAGUGGUGAAUGACAUUAAGUUUGGACCUUCAGAAAUGGAGAUUGUGAAAAUAACUGGUCAUUCAUGGAAGGAAGGAUUUAUCAAGGGGACAAUUCCUCAACUACCUUUAUCAGUACUGAACUCGGUGAUUGCUGUCUGUAAGUUGUCCUCAGAUCUUUUUCCAGGAAGGGAAUUCUCGGCCACCUCGGUUUCGGUAACCGUGGGGUUAAUGAACUUGGUGGGGUGUUGGUUUGGUGCCAUGCCAUGUUGCCAUGGUGCAGGUGGGUUAGCUGGACAGUACAAGUUUGGGGGCAGGAGUGGUGGGUGUGUAGCCUUACUUGGUGCAGCCAAAAUGAUGUUGGGUUUGGUAUUAGGAACUUCUUUAGUGACAAUUUUGCACCAGUUUCCAGUUGGUAUCUUGGGUGUUUUACUCUUGUUUGCUGGGAUUGAACUAGCAAUGACUUGCAAGGACAUGAAUUCAAAGCAAGAGUCAUUUGUGAUGUUAAUAUGCACUGCUGUUUCACUUGUAGGGUCAAGUGCAGCAGUUGGUUUUGUUUGUGGAAUGUUAGUCCAUGUGCUUCUUAAGCUAAGGACACUCUGUAUGCCUUGAUCUCCCAAAACAAUACCAUGUUUUUUCAUUUAAUCUUUCUGCAAUGAAUAUACUGAAUAAAUGUUUGAUAUUUCAUUGAA